AGUUUUUUUCUAAUAUACAAAAGUGAAGCUUAUCAGGAGUUGAUCCACUGCCCUAAAGUACUGCCUAAAGUACUGGACCAGAAAUACUUGUGUGCGUGAAGGGAGAAGGGGAAAAAUACAUUUUCAAGUCCUGAUAGUAAAGCGUGGACACAUCCAUUUUUGCACACUGCUGCUGCUAGGUCACAGAAAGUAGCCAUGAAUGACGUUGCACAGAAGACAGAGAUUCUGCUUUCUUCGUCUAAACCUGUCCCAAAGUCCUAUGUGCCCAAACUUCGAAAGGGUGAUGUAAAGGAUAAAUUCGAAGCCAUGCAGAAAGCAAGGGAAGAAAGAAAUCAAAGGCGAUCUAGAGAUGAGAAGCAAAGAAGAAAAGAACAGUAUGUUAGAGAAAGAGAAUGGAACAGGCGGAAGCAGGAGAUGAUAGAACUACUUGCUUCUGAUGACGAGGAAGAAAAGUCUAAAAUUGAGAAAGCUUAUGUUCCAAAACUAACAGGGACUGUCAAAGGGAAGUUUGCAGAAAUGGAAAAGCAGAGGCAGGAGGAAGAAAGGAAAAGAAUGGAAGAGGAAAGGAAGCGGAGGAUUGAACAAGACAUGAUAGAGAAAAGGAAAAUUCAGAGAGAACUAGCAAAGAAAGCACAAGAGAUUGAUGAGCAGUUAAACAAUUCGGGAAGCGAAUCGGCAUUGGAGGAAGGUGAUGAUUCUUUGCUAGUGACAGUAGUUCCCGUAAAACCUAGCAAAACACCUGGGAAGAUGAAAAUAAGUUUUGAGGACCUAGAGAGAGAGAGAGAAGAACAAGAAAGGCGAAAGCUUGAAGAAGAAAAGCGAUUGAGAUAUGAACAGGAAAAGCAAGCUCUCAGGGAAGUCAAAUAUUUCUCACCAGAUGUGGAUGAAGAUGAAAUGCUUGACAGCGAAAGAAAAGAAUCACCCAGCCCUGGCAAAGUGAAACUAACAUUUGAAGAAUUGGAAAGACAGAGACAAGAAAAUCAGAAAAGGCAAGCAGAGGAAGAGGCGAGGCAACGUCUGGAAGAGGAAAAACGUGCAUUUGAGGAGGCAAGGCAACAAAUGCUAAAUGAAGAUUAUGAUGAUCAGGAAAAUGAAAAUUCCGUCAAGGAGUUCCGUCCUGGGAAACUGAUACUUACCUUUGAGGAAAUAGAAAGGCAGAGGCAAGAAGAAGAAAAAAAGAGAACAGAAGAGGAAGCCAGAAGGCGCAUAGAAGAGGAGAAAAAGGCAUUCGCUGAAGCAAGAAAAAGCAUGAGUCCAGAUGAUGAGCUUUCGCCAAUGUCUAAAACUGUAUCCCAAGAAUCUCUCACACCUGGAAAACUGGAAAUUAACUUUGAGGAGCUACUGAGACAAAAAAUGGAAGAAGAAAAGAGGCGUACAGAAGAGGAGCGCCGACAAAAACUGGAAAUGGAAAAGCAGGAAUUUGAGCAACUCAGACAAGAAAUGGGAGAGGAAGAGGAGGAGUGUGAAACCUUUGAGCUAAGCAGGGAAUAUGAGGAGCUAAUAAGGUUAAAAAGAAGUGGUUCUAUUCAAGCGAAGAGCUUGAAGAAAAAGUUUGAGAAAAUUGGGAAGCUCUCCGAAGAAGAAAUACAGAAAAAAAUUGAAGAAGAAAGAGCAAGGAGAAGAGCUAUGGAUCAGGAAAUAAAAGAAAGGGAAGCAGAGAAAUUUCAAGAGGAAGAUGAAGUAGAUGUAAAGCCAGCCACAAAAUCUGAAGCUCCAUUUACACACAAGAUAGACAUGAAGGCCCGAUUUGAACAAAUGGCAAAGGCAAGAGAAGAGGAGGAGCAGAGAAGAAUUGAAGAACAAAAAAUGCUACGCAUGCAAUUUGAACAGAAGGAAAUUGAUGCUGCAUUGCAAAAGAAAAAGGAAGAGGAGGAGGAAGAGGAUGGCAGCAUUGUUAACGGCUCAGUCUAUGAGGAUGAAGAGCAGCAAGCACGAUCUGGUGCUCCUUGGUUCAAAAAGCCUCUUAAAAAUGUGUCUGUUGUGGAUAGCGAACCAGUAAGGUUUACUGUUAAAAUAACUGGAGAACCCAAGCCAGAGGUUACAUGGUGGUUUGAAGGCGAAAUGUUGCAGGACUGCGAGGACUAUCAAUAUAUUGAGAGAGGAGAAACCUACUGCCUUUACUUACCAGAAACUUUCCCGGAAGAUGAAGGAGAAUAUAUGUGUAAAGCAGUGAACAGCAGAGGAACAGCAGCUAGCACCUGUAUUCUCACUAUUGAGAGUAAGAGUUAGCAUUUUUUAAAAGUUCUCAGAUCUUUAGUUCUUGUUCACGUCUGUUGAUCUUUUCUUAACUUUCUUUUCUUUUCUCUUCUCUAGCUGAUGACUAUUAAUAUCCUACUUUUUCUGGAGCCUUCCUUCCCUAAAUUUACUACAUCCAUCUUUCUUUCUCUCUCCUGUGGUGGGGCCAACAAGAAGUUGUCUAUCAUUCCUCAAAUAAGAUACCCAAUUGCCAGAUUUAUCUCUUGGUUUCAGACUGAAGUUUGGCAACAGAAGUUUGGUUCAUUUGACAAACAAUGGCUCAAUCUCCACUUGUAAACAGCACUGUGGCUGCUUGUUAAUGCCACUGAAUUGCUUCUGUGACAAGGAGAUUCUUAUCAGGAAAGCCAAGCUGUUCAUAUGAAACAGCUUGUCAUAUGAUCCCAUCAAGUCUUCACCAUGUUAAUCAAAAUGCACGAUUGUCUUGAAUGUGAUCGGCUACUUCAUGUAAGGUUACCCUAAGUAGCAGACUACUUAAUGUUAGUUUUCAUAUAGAAAAUUCAGCCAAAACCAUAUACAAACACAGUAUUAAAUCAAAUCAAAUCCAAAGACCACUUAAUUCAUACUACAUAAAAAAUGAUCUUUAUUUCUUUGGUCCUGGAAGCUUUGAGAGCAAAAAGUAUAUUUUUUUGGUUAAACUAUUAAGUAGCCAAAAAUAAUGUAGUGGUUUAUUUAAGUUAUGCCUUUGUUUAAUGCAACUUUUCCUUUAAUAUGCUUUAAUAAAAUUAAACCAAGAUUAUAUUGGCUUGAAAGCAGGAUUAUGUACCGUAACUAAAUGUGUACACACAGUUGUAUGUCAUGUUCUUUGAAAUAAAACAUUUGCAUUUGUUUUGUAUUAGAUGGUAGGCAUUGUCCAGCAUCUUGCUUGGAAUAUUGAACCAAAUUUGUAUCUUUCAGGUUGGAAGUGUUAGAAUCAUAGUGAAUGAUGUUUCAACUUACAUCUCGUAUUGUAUAAUUAUUUACUGAAUCAUCUCACUCAGUAUUUACCAGACACAAUACAGAAAUAUGUAUGUAUAA